AUGCCUACGGCUGAGCGUAUUCGCGCCGUGGAAGCCAUUUUAGGAUACGAGUUCAACGAUAAGGCUCUUCUGAGGAAGGCACUCGAGGCUGCUGGAGCCACAAUGGCCAGAGAGGGCAAUAAGCCGCUUGCCCUUAUCGGUGAUGCUAUCCUGAGGCUUGUUCUUUAUGAAUUGCAUUAUGAAGAUGAAGCAUCCAUCCACAUCAUGACCAAGGCCCAAAACACGCGGGCCACAAAUGAAAAUCUGGCCCAAAUUGGGUUCUCGCUGGGCAUAGAUGCCUACAUACAGCUAAACCCUUCGUCCCAGGGCGUUGUUAACGAGCGGCUGAUGGCCACCACCAUGGAGGCCAUCAUGGGUGCUGUAUAUCUUGAUAGUGGUAAGAAUGCGAUGACCACGCGUCUUGUGGUCAUUCGCCUGCGCGUCUUAGGGACGCUCUAG